AAAAAAAAAGGAUAUAAAAAAUAUAUAUAAUAAUUUUUUAUUUUGUUUUGAAUCGGAAAUAUAUAUAAAAAAACGCGAAUUUUAAAAAAAUCCUUUCACGUAAAUUAAAUAAAAAUGGGUAGAUGUAAAUCUUCCAAAAGAAUUACCACUCAUCGAAAAUCUAAAAAUUCCAUUCAAGGCAUUGAAAAGUCCAAUAAGACUUCUAAUACUAACGAUAAAGAUGUUAAGGGAGUUUCUGACAUCAUAGAUCACAAUUUAGAUGUAAUCUUUGUUGGAGUAGUCCCAUCUUGUAAGAAUGCCGCGAGGAAGGAGCAUUAUUAUUGUAGUUCAAGUAAUCAGUUUUAUAAAUUAUUGCAUGAAAGUGGAUUUACUGAAAGAAAACUUAAGCCUGAAGAAGAUGGAUCAUUGUUAAAUUAUAAGAUUGGAUUGAUGAAUAUUCGUACCAAAUUCACUCAAAAGAAUCUUAUUGAUCCUAAAGAAGAGAUUAGAGAAGAAAUCGAAACUUUUAUUGAAAAAAUAAGAAAAUACAAACCAAAAUUCAUUUGUUUUAAUGGAAAAGAUGGAUUUGCCACUUUUAUGUCAAUUAAAAAUGAUGUGGCAAUUAAUAAAAAAUAUGAAUUUGGAUUUAAAAAUGAUGAUAAAAUUGAUUGGAUUGAUGAAAAUGGUUUUACAAAGAUUUAUUUAUUACCAUCAACUGGAGGUUUAAAUAGUUCUUUUCGUUAUGAUGAGAAGAAAGAAUUUGCAAAAGAAUUAAAAUCAUUGAUUAAAUCUGAUAACGAUGACGUUGAUGACGCUGAUGACGUUAAAAUUAUUGAUAAUGAUGAAUAAUGACUAAAAAUAUAUAUAUCUUUUAUUUGUAUUAUCAUAUAAUAAUUAAUUUUUAUAAGUAUUAAUGGUAUAAAAGAAUAAAUCAUAUGAAAGUUGUCAGUUAAGUGACGAAAUAAAAAAUACACGUGAU